AUGGAGUCGACGUUAGUGCAGAGAUGGAGUUUCAUAUUGAAAAAGAAAGGACUUCUGCGACUGGCCAGGAAUGGAUCGCAGCGAGCAGCACACGGAGGUUAUGCUUAUCUGAAGGAAUGGCUUUGGUGGGCAGGACUCAUUUCAAUGGCAGUAGGAGAAGCAGCUAACUUUGCUGCAUAUGCUUUUGCCCCUGCUACAUUAGUUACACCACUGGGAGCACUGAGUGUACUUGUGAGUGCAGUGCUCUCGUCAUAUUGUCUAAAUGAGAGGUUGAAUGUGCAUGGGAAGAUGGGCUGCUUACUCUGCAUCAUAGGCUCCACAGUGAUGGUUGUUCAUGCACCACAAGAGGAGGAAGUCUCUUCACUCAGCGCUAUGGCUGAGAAGCUCAAAGAUCCAGGUUUCAUCGUGUAUGCUACAUUCGUACGCAGUUGUCCCCAAUCACGAGAUCCUGACUGA